AUGAUCCUCGCCCAGAGUGUGGCCAGACUCGCCCAGAGGGGGCUCAGUGCGGACAGUGCUGUUGGGCCCACCUCCUCCCUCACCUCCUCCCUCACUUACCUCCUCCCCCCCCUCACCUCCUCCCUCACCUCCUCCCUCACUUACCUCCUCCCCCCCUCACCUCCUCCCUCACCUCCUCCCUCACUUACCUCCUCCCCCCCCUCACCUCCUCCCUCACCUCCUCUUACCACCACCCUCCCACAUCCAUGA